AUGAACCUAUUUCAACUUUGUACCGUUGUCGUUUCCUUACAUUGGAUUUUUGUUAAGUAUUUUAGUCUGAGUGUGAUACUUUAUUUCAUGUAUACAGGCUCUAGCUUACAUGGUUACAGAAAUAGAGUCUUGUCAAACUGCCUUACCCAUAAUAGAGUAAAAAGACUGCCUGUAAAAAAUAAUUUGUUGUUCUUAUCGAACAUUAGAACAUAUUUUAAUGAAAAACCAAGGAAUAGGUUGAUAAAUACCAUAAGAUCAAGCACACUAGUUCGCGAGUUAAUUCCGAACUUGAUAGGACCAGUAAGAGAAAAGAGCUUGAUCAGCAAAGCAAUAAACCUGAACGAGUGGACUCAGCAAAAUACAGAAUCGGAAAGUCAAUCACGAGAUAUGUCAGAAAACAACUACGCAAUAGCGAGGAUACCAGAGGAGGGGACCAAAUUGUACCUAACAGUGUUCUGGAAUCAGCAUAAGCUGAAGCUGGAGAGGGAGAAGAACGAAACAAUAGGUUCGACAAUCGCAAGGCUGAAGAGGAAUCUCUACAAGGCGGAGAGCGGAAGAGAUACGAAAAAUAGAGGAGGCUACGUGGAGGAGGAGUCGGAGCACGCAGUGUCCUUCCUGACGAACCUGUUCAAAACGUUCGACGAGGACUCGAACUGCGAAGACACGAUCAUGAAGUCGUCGUUCAUAUCGAUCAACGGAAACCUGCUGAAGCUGUACACGAACAUCCCGAAGCUGGAAAAGGUGAAGCUGCUGCACACGUCGAUGGUGGACUGCCCGGCACUGGUGGUGGCGAAGGACGAGGAGGACAAGAUAUACGCGCGAGUGGCAGUGGAGUGGCUGGACGCUGAGGGGAACCUGCUGGGAAACAACCUGCUCUACAUGCCGAGUCUGGCGGACCUGGGCAAGAAGAUAAAGGUGCGAGUGACGAACGAGCUGAUGAAGUACGACGUGUUCGAGUCGAACCUGUCGAAGGUGGAGGUCUCGCCAUUCUGCGGAUGGCAGCUGGAGCGAAUCAGCAGCUUUAACGCGGCGCCCAAAAACAGGGUUAACCCGGAGCUGCAGGACCAGGAGGACGACGUGAGAAUAGUGUCAUUCAACAUACUCUCGCCCACGUACCUGUCCUCGACGGACUCGACGUCAAACUUCUUCCCCUACUGCCCGACGGAGUACAUAGAGUCGAACUACAGAAACCAGCUCAUCGGAAGGGAAAUAAACUACCUGAACCCGCAAAUACUGUGCCUGCAGGAGUGCUCGGCAAAGGUGUACUCGGAGUACCUAAGCUACCUCUUCGGGGCGAAGUACCACUCCUGGUUCACAAUUAAGGGAGGGAAGGCGGGCGAGGGCUGCGCAAUGCUCGUGAACAGGAGCGCCUUUGAGCCGCUGGAGCUGGCAGGGAUGUACUUCAAGGACGCAAUGAGGACGGAGGAGUAUAAACCGGUCAUCCAAAGACUGUGCACGAACUGGUUGUUUUUCAACGACAACUAUUUCGACAAGUACCACACGGUGUACCAGUUUGGCCUAUAUCGCAUCAAAAGCAACGACAAGUUCGUCUUCCUGGCGAACACGCACCUGUACUUCCACCCGAUGGCGAGUCACAUAAGACUGCUGCAGACGUACGUUCUGCUGAACGAGCUGGAGAAGUUUAAAGUGGCAGUGAGCAGAAAGUACGGCUUCGACAUCAGCGGAGACUCGUACACGCUCAUCUGCGGCGAUUUCAACUCCUUUCCCAACGAGUCGAUACACACCUUCGUGAGAAAGGGCUUUAUACCGUACGAUCAUCCGGACUGGAAGCUAGGUGAGACGUUCGUUUACGACAAGAAUCUGAUGGUACCCCAGGGGUACAGGUCGGUCAAGGGAGACUUUGAGGAGGGGCCCGGGCCGUUUGACAAGCACAACUACCUCAUAGUCGACAACUAUCAGGGCUACACGGACUCGUACGCGCAAACGCCCCUGGAGUUCACGAACUACUGCGAAGUGUUCAACGGCACGCUGGACUUCAUAUUCCACUCAAACAACGUAAAGGUUAAGAGGACCAUGCCGGGAAUAUCAGCUGAGGACGCAUCGGAGUACAUAGGACUGCCCUCAAAACUGUACCCGUCGGACCACUUAUCGAUUGCCGUAGAUUUUUAA